UUGAUCUUCAACUCAUACUCUUCUUUCUCUCCUCUCUCUCUCUCUCAAAAAAAAAAAUGGAGGCUGUUGAGGCUUUUCUUGAUGGAGAAUGGGACUCAUUGAGCAAGCUAUUUUCCUUUGAGGAAUCUAAUUCUUUGAUGGAUUGCAACACCAACAAUUUCUUGGUUGAUGCAAAUGUGUACAACAACAAUCUUGAUCUUGAUCAUCAUGAUCAUGAUCAUGCUAGUAGCUUCCAUUAUGAUCAUAUUGACGCGUCCCAUUUCGCCUCCAACGUCCCCUCCUUCCCCGGUGAUCUCAUGGGGGAGAUCCUCCAUUUGAAGGCGCAGAUGCUUUGCAACGACGGGAUGGACAAUGCUGAUGGAGAGCAACUUCAAGAUUCAUCGAAGAAGAGGCCUCGUGUAGCUAGACAGGCGAAGGCGAAGAAGGCGAGGAGAGGUGGGAAAGCGAGCAAGGAUGAUGAAGAAGAGAGUGUUGGUGUUGGUGUUGGUGUUGGAUGUGAGGGGGGUGAUUGUAAUGGCAAUGGCUCGGAGGAGUCUGAGUCGAAGGGGUCAAUAUCCACGACGACGUCCACAUCCUCGGCCAAGAAUAGGGCUAGCAAGAGCCCAGCAACUGAUCCACAAAGCCUCUAUGCAAGGAAAAGAAGAGAAAGGAUAAAUGAGAGGUUGAGAAUCUUGCAGAAUCUUGUGCCCAAUGGAACAAAGGUUGAUAUUAGCACAAUGCUGGAAGAGGCUGUCCAAUAUGUCAAGUUUCUGCAGCUUCAAAUCAAGUUGCUAAGCUCUGAUGAAAUGUGGAUGUAUGCUCCAAUUGCUUACAAUGGGAUGGACAUGGGGCUUUAUCAGAGGAUUAAUGCUGCAAAUUUAUGACAUUUUCAUAUAAUUAAUCUCUCAAUAAUUAUUAUAAUCACUAUAUAACAUUUAUAUUCUCUGCUAAUAACAAGGGAAUUAAAGUGACACAAAUCAGCAUAUCCUCCUUUCUCAAUAAGAAAAAAAGGAUAUAUGCUAACUGACUAUCUCGUGCAUAACUACGCUCUCGUAGAUAGUAUCUACGAGGAACGAAGAAUGUUGUAAGAACACGCACGGUCGUGGUACACUUUGUACGAAAAUACAGUAAUGGGAAUAUUGCU